AUGGUGAUAAUGGGAAAAUGGGGUAUAUACGAGUAUAAUGCGAUGAGCCCUAGAUGGAUGGGAGAAAGGAUCGUCGAUAUGGCCAUCAUACAGUCGUGCUGCUGUUGGCGUAGCCUUCGUAGAGGCUGCUACGCCUCAGCGAUAUACACUUUGGUAUACUUCGCGGUAACCAUAGUAACGAUGGGGCACUUUAUCGACGUUGAGCAUCGCUACCUAUCCGGCCAAAUGACUGAACCCGAAUCGGAGAGUUUCCUCGAGCCGGAAAAAAUAACUCCAAUAACAGUGUCUCUUAACAUCACGCUACUGGCAUGCAGCAGUUUGGGCCUGAUCUCUUGCGUCGUACUCAUGGUGGGAGUGUAUAAGGAUAUCAAAUUUAUGCUUCUUCCUUGGAUCUUGUCUAUGGGAUUGGAAACCCUCGUUGAGCUGAUCAACGUAUGCUAUCUCUUUUACUUGCAAACUUUCAACUUCAACCCAAUAACAUCGUUUCUCUUCACUCUGGACUUCUUUAUAAUCGCCCUUAACAUAUAUGCGUUGGUGUGCGUCAUAUCACAGUUUCAAGAGUACAUUGAUGGGCGAGGGACCGCGUCGUUCGACUAUUCCGAUAGGCUAGCUGGAGUUCAGUACAUUGCACACCCUCCGCAAACUACAACUACGAGUUCCGCUCCUAGUGGCCGCCGACGAUCCGCCCCAAGGCCACUGCUCAGUCGAUGUGACCCUGAAGAGUUUUCUGAAGCACCAUCUAGAGCAAUUACUUCUGUGUUGUCAAAGCCAUCUCGAUCUAACGUCAAGAAGCAUGUUCAGUUUCCGGAUGAGCAAAGUUGCAUUGAAGAAGCACCCGAAACUUCAAAUGGGAACGAAGGAAAAUCUUCGUCCCGCGUGAUCAGCUCGUUGUGGAUGGAGCUGGAGACAGAAGCUCCACCACCGGAACGCUGA